AUGGAUGAGAACGUAAAAUUGGUAGAUGGACAUUAUCAACUUCCGUUGCCAUUCAAAGAUCCUAUGUGUGAAGUUCCAAACAAUAAAAGUGUCCACAGCCUCAAACGAAAGCUUCAACAGAAUCAGCGGAUGCAUGAUGACUAUUGCACAUUUAUGAAAACCAUCCUCGAUAAAGGAUUUGCACAGAGAGCAGAUCGUUCUUGUGAGAAGGGAAGAACUUGGUACUUGCCACACCAUGGGGUGUACCACCCAAGAAAGCCAAAUAAAAUCAGAGUUGUAUUCGAUUGUAGUGCUACAUAUGGAGGUGUAUCCCUUAACUCUCUUCUCUUACAAGGUCCUGACUUGGCAAACCAAAUCGUUGGAGUUUUGACAAGAUUUAGAGAAAAGCAAGUGGCAGUUGCUGGUGACAUCGAGAGUAUGUUCUACCAAGUCAAAGUACCAGACAAUCAAAGAGACAUGCUACGCUUUGUUUGGUGGCCGGAAGGUAACCUUGACGCCGAAUUGCAAGAAUAUCAGAUGUGUGUGCAUGUAUUUGGAGGCACACAUUCUCCAAGUACUUGCAAUUAUGCUUUAAGGAAAACUGCUCAUGACAACAUCGAUAAAUAUGGUGAAGAAGCUGCUUUAACCCUGAUAAGAAAUUUUUACGUCGACGAUAUGUUGAAAUCUUCAUCAAAUGCCUUGUCGACUUUACGCCUUAUUGAGAAAAUAAAAAAAAUGUGUGCUGCUGGUGGCUUUCCUUUGACCAAGUUUGUAAGUAGCUCAAGGAAAGUACUAGAAGGUAUUCCAACGGAAGAAAGGUCGAAAGAUGUAAAAGACCUAAAUUUCGAUGCUCAAACCCUCCCAAUCGAAAGAGCCCUUGGCGUCAGUUGGUGUGUUGAAAUAGACUCGUUUUGCUUCCGAAUUGUGUUGAAGGACAAUCCACUGACCCGAAGAGGUAUUCUAUCAUCAAUUAGUUCUGUGUAUGACCCUCUUGGAUUCAGAGCCCCAUUUCUUUUACCGGCCAAGCAACUCCUACAACAACUUUGCAGUGAACAAAAGGAUUGGGACGAUGACAUCUCUCAACAACAACGAGCAAUAUGGGAACAAUGGAGGAAUUCUUUACCUCUGCUGAAAGACAUAAGCAUACGACGUUGCAUUGUUCCGGAAUGUUUUGGUAAAGUUUGUGAUGUUUCACUUCACCAUUUCUCUGAUGCUUCCACAAGUGGGUAUGGGCAAGUAUCGUCUCUUCGACUAGUCAAUGAUCAAGGUGAAGUUCAUUGUUGUUUCAUGAUGGGCAAGGCAAGAGUCACACCAUUAAAACCAAUUACCGUCCCACGUCUCAAAUUAUCUGCAGCUAACACAUCAACCAAAGUAGCUACGCACCUUAAAAGGGAGCUCAAUAUUAAUCAUUCGUCUGAAGUUUUCUGGACAGAUAGCAAAGUUGUGUUAGGCUAUAUAACAAAUCAGUCAAGGAAGUUUCAUUUGUUCGUGGCUAAUAGAGUACAGGCUAUUCAUGAAGCUUCCAGUGUUGAACAAUGGCGUUACGUUCCGUCUUCUCAAAAUCCUGCUGACGAUGCAUCACGUGGUCAAACAGUCUUCAACUUUAUAAAAAACGACCGUUGGUUAUCUGGACCCAAAUUCCUACUCCAAUCUUCAGUCGAGUGGGAUACAGGUGAAACCUUCGCAGUUCACAGUGGCGACGUUGAAGUCAAGAAAGUGAAAGUAAAUGCAACUACUUUAAAAAAGGACCUGCCAAAUGAAGGACUGAAAACCAUCUCAGAAGAUGAAAACGAUUCAUUCCAGAAGCUUUUCGAAAGGGUUUCCAGUUGGUAUCGUCUGAAACGGAUCAUUGCUACCAUUUUGACAUGGACAUAUAAGAAGAAGAAGAUUGACGUGAGUGUCCUUGAGAAGGCUGAACUGGCCAUCGUCAGGCUCGUUCAAAGAAGAGCAUUCAAGACGGAAUUGACAUGCCUGUUAGCGAACAAAAGGAAACGAAAUUUGGGUUCUCUUUCUCGUUUAAGCCCAUUCAUGGAUGAGGAUUCUAUCAUACGAGUCGGUGGGCGAAUUGGAAAAUCGUCAAGUCUGGAUUGGAGGAUAAAGCAUCCCAUCAUUUUGCCAAAAAAGCAUCCUGUUACAGAAUUGGUGAUACGAUAUCACCACAAGAAGGUGCAACAUGGUGGUCAAGAUGCAACGUUAAACGAGAUACGACAGAGAGGUAUCAUGAUUGUUAAUGCAAGUUCACGUGUUCGAAACGAAAUCUUCAAGUGUGUUACAUGCAGAAAGCCUAGAGGACGAUUCGGUGAACAAAGAAUGGCAGACUUACCUUCAGAGCGAUGUUCGGAAGUUGCACCUUUCACGUAUUCAGGAGUGGACAUGUUCGGUCCAUUUUUGAUCAAAGAAGGAAGAAAAGAACUUAAACGCUAUGGCGCUUUAUUUACCUGCUUCUCUAGUCGAGCCUUUCAUUUGGAAAGUACAAACAGUCUCGAGACAGAUUCUUUCAUCAUGGCCCUCCGCCGUUUUAUUAGUAGAAGAGGGGAUGUACGUCGAUUACGAUCUGACAAUGGGACAAAUUUUGUUGGUGCUUCAGCAGAACAGAAGAAAGCUGUUAAAGAAAUGGACCAACAGAAGAUUGCUGAAUUUCUUCUCAGAAACAACACAGAUUGGAUCGGUUGGGACUUUAACACUCCUACUGCAAGCCACAUGAGUGGUGUCUGGGAGCGACAAAUAAGAUCUUGCCGUUCUAUUUUGUCGUCACUACUUAACAACCACAGUCAUAGUUUGAAUGAUGAAUGCUUUCGAACCGUUCUAACAGAAGUGAAAGCGAUAGUUAAUAGCCGACCUUUGUCUGUAGAAAUUAUUAAUGACAGUGACAGUCUAAUUCCCCUUACCCCUAAUCUUUUACUGACAAUGAAGUCUAAGAUUGUCAUGGCACCACCUGGGGAAUUUAACGAAAACGACAUGUACAGUAGACGACGAUGGAGAAGAGUGCAGCAUCUGGUCAAUGAGUUUUGGACGCGCUGGCGUACAGAAUAUCUCCAAACGCUUCAACAAAGACGAAAAUGGCAAACUCAAAGACGCAAUUUCGCUGUUGGCGAUAUAGUGAUAAUUUUAAGACGACGCUCAUCAAAGAAAUGA